AUGUCUCCAGGGAAGCCUACCACAGAUGACCAUAGUGUCAUCAUUAUCGGUGCAGGAUGGCAGGGUAUUGCAGCUGCCAGGACAUAUCUACAGCUCAAACCCAAUGUCAAGUUGACCGUGAUUGACUCGGAUAGCAGUAUCGGUGGAGUCUGGAGUAUCGAUCGAUGCUACCCUGGGCUCAUUGCCGAUAGUCCUGUCGGCUGCUAUGAAUUCUCCGAUAUGUGCAUGGACGAGGAUCCAGAAUUGGAGAUGUGGAAAGUUAUUUCUAGUCACAAAGUCGGGCAGUAUCUUCGUAAUUUCUCCAAGAGAUUCCUUAUUGACGAACACAUACGCCUGAAUACAAAGGUUCUUUCCGCAGUUCCUGAGAGAAAAACUGGUGGAGCAAGUAGGUGGAUUUUGGAGGUUCAGGAGAAAGGGAAGGGAAAAGAGACACUCGAGUGUGAUAAAUUGAUCGUCGCAAGUGGUCCCUCUUCGGAUCCAAAGAUGCCGGACCUCGAUACAAGUCGAUUUCGUGGACCCUUCUUUCACUCUCUAUAUCUUGGUGCUCGACAUGCCGAGCUUACUGCCGAUAAUAUCAAACACGUAACUGUGGUCGGAGGUAACAAGUCCGCUGCGGAGGUCGUUAAUUUAUGCGCAUCGGCAGGAAAGAAAGUUACAUGGUUGAUACGGGAAGGUGGUGCUGGUCCGGGAAUGCUUAUACAAGCCAAAUCAGGGGGAGUGCAUACUGCCGCCAUUGCAUUCUCCAGAUGGGCGGGUUUAACGGUUCCGUGCUUGCUAAGAACCCAUGGCUUUUGGUAUUGGCUUUUGCAUAGUGGACUCUUUUGGCCCGGUAUUUGGUUGGUUGGAAAGUAUUGGGAAUGGGCUUCUCAUUAUAUGUUCAAAGGACUCUAUGAUCAGAGUGAGACUGCCAAGAAAAUUGCACCAGAUUUACAACAUCUAUUCUGGUCUACAUCUGCACCCUCUUUUCUCCAAGAAGAUAGUACUCUAUUCGCAAAGCUGAACGAAGGAAUUGUGAUAGAUGUCCAACGCACGCAUAUAUCUAAGGUCCUUUCUGACAGUAUUACUCUCGAUAAUGGUACUACUGUUGCCACAGACGCACUAAUUUUCGCCACUGGUUGGAAUCUGACCUUUUCCAGAUUCUUUUCGCCUGAAAUACGUCUUGAGCUCGACCUGCCGAUUCAGUUUGGUAAAGAACCUCCCGCUUUGAAGGCAUACUGGAAUGAACUUGAUACCGAAGCCGAUAAAUGGGUCCAUAAAACUUUUCCUUUCUUGUCUAAUCCGCCGAAGACUUAUGAAACCCCGCCGGACCACACACCGUAUCAUCUCUAUCGCCAAUCAGUUCCCAUUACGCUUGCCACUCGCAACGACCGUUCGAUUAUUUUCCUUGGUGUCCUGGCAUCCCCACAAAUUCCUACAUAUGCUGAGCUCUCGUCCCUUUGGGACAUUGCCUAUCUCGAGAAUAUGCAUUCUCCAGAAGUUGACAAAGUUUUCAGUGACAAGUUGACCAUGGAUCUAGAUACCGCUCGGACUAAUGCAUUUAUGAAGUGGAGAUAUAGGAGAGCGGGUAUCAUCGAGCCCAAUGUGGGAGCGGAGGUUCAAGAUCUGUGUGAUUUACUCUGUACGGAGUUGGGGGUAGAGGCAAAUAGGAAGAAGAUGGUUGGAGGGUGGAAGAGUUCGUUGAAUGAGUGGUUCGCACCGUAUAGAAGUGCGGAUUAUAAGGGGAUUGUGGGGAAGUUUCUGGAGGUGGUGAGGAAGAGGGAGGGAGGAAAGACUAAAAAUGAGUAG